GUACAUUUAAAGUCCAAGGUCACCGUUAGACCUAACACGAUAAUUAUUGGUAUAUUAUUCUACAUCCAUAACAUAUUCGAUCAUGGGUGUCUUCGAAGUAUUGCUCGUAUAUCCGAGGAUCACCGGGUAAAUAAUGCAGUUGUUAGGAAACGGGUACUAUGUAAGGAUGGCAAACCGAUUGAUGAAGUGAAAUGUCAUCAGUUGAGGCGGCUGGGACACGUGUUAUGUAUACCCAACCAACAAGUGCCCCGACAUGAGAUGUUUUAUGGUGUUGGAGUUGGGUGAAAGAAAGGUAGGGGUAACCAGACCAAAACAUGGCACAUCCAUAAAGUCACUGACGAAUGGACUCACCCAUGUCGGUAGGUGUACACCAUUCGACCGGGAUCUUUGAAAUGAUAGUAAACCACCUUGAGUGAAAUGGCUCAAAAUCGUUUGCAAUGGCGUGGGUGUGUCCACUCUUUGUGUUCUUUCAAAUUCUAACCUUCCGAAUUCAUGUUCUUGUUUCCUUUUUCCGAAUUGAUUUUACUGGAUUAUACUCCCUGGAUAAAAUCUACAAACCAUAGUCUUCUCGAUCGCUGCUUAUACUUUUUACUACCUCUACCACCAUAGGAUAUAAAUCGAUUAUUGGAUCUCUGUGCCAGUGCGGUGUGUACGUACGAAUUUCUACGUUUUUGCUGACUGAUUGACGGUUUUUGGUGUGGAAAUAUACAUACGUUCUAGUCAGGCUAGUCACGUGCUCUAGAUCUGAGCAGUAUUGAAGCCCUGCAGAAUGGACACUAGGAGGGUAUCUAGUGUAGAUAUUCGUCUAAGGUAAAUUAACCAACCAUAUGUGUAGAUGAGGAAACCGAGCAUUCUAACAGGGACCUUAGAUACAGUAUGUGGUCGUUGUUUGCCAGUCGUGGGAGGUAUGGUAUUUUAUUUACAUAUUCUCAGUAGUGUGCACAGAUAAUAUUCAGAAAUGGUGCCUCAAGUUCCAAGUCAAUAUAUGUCGGUUUUCCGAUACGUUGUACAAGUGUGCACCGAAUAAUGGCUGACAAAAUGCUGCUGUCAAAACAUUUCCCCAAACUUGUGACGUCUAUCUAGUUGAUAUACGGUGUGUCAAAACCUGCAUAAACAACAAGGUUUACUCCUAUAACAGAUAUGACUUAAAACAAAGACGCCAAGAAGAGGUAGAUAAGGACUCUGAUAUUCACCAACCAUCGUACAUCAUGUCGAAUGAUUUUGGGCCUUCUCGAGUUAGACCCGAAAGGUGUGGCCCGCCACUUUGCUUCCAGUUUUUAACUCAUUAAGGUCAUUCUUCUACUUGAUUUCUUCAUCAAGUGAUAAAUCAGGUUGGACACGAAUAUUCAGCUUGCCAGUUUUGCAUGUGUUAUUUAUUAUAAUCUCCCCUCUCUUGUAACUUAUGAGGGCCAACUUUAAGAUCCUCCUUAAUUGGGUCCAACCUCAUCCUCUUCAGAUCAUGUGUCUGUCAUCUGACGGGGUCAUUUAAUUUUGGCUCAUUUAUGCUCUAAAUUAGGCGUAUUCCAACAUUUAAAAAGAUUAGGAUCAUUCAUGACAGGACCGCUAUCCAGCGUCGAAUCUGCAAUGGAACACAAACUGAUCAACCCAGCUUACGUAGUCGUGGCAGCUACAGCUCUUGUCACUGCACAAACCCUAAAAUAUCAUACACUGCCCCCCCAAAAAACGGAGGCACGUCGGACACUGCUAUUAGUCCUAAGGACAAGACCGCACAUAAAGCAGCUACAACCACUCACCCUCAGCCCAGACACUCAGCUACCCCAAAAUGCCAAACCACUUAUGCCUCAAUAGCGUCCAAGUAUUACCCUAGCGGCCCUUAUAAAAUGCCUAAAAAUGAUCCUCCCAGGGAUCGCGCUAACAGCUACAGACCCGCAGACACCGCUGUGCGAAAAAAUACCAAACUCUCCGUAAAAACCCACCAAUACUCCAGCACCCCAAACCCAAAACAUGCACCUUCUCAUAGUAAUAGAAUGCCCUACAACAAACAUAGAGAACUGGCAACACCCACUCAUCCUAAUGUGAAACGACACUCGACAAGAACCACACCCACACGUGAUACCCAUAAGUCAUAUGGUGUCAACCUUGUAAGCCCCAUGAACCAACACAAAACUAUACAUAACAGAAACACAUCUCCUGGCAACAAUAACAGGCAUUCCUUCAUCCCUUACCAGAAACAUAAACCACCCCAACUGACCACAAUAGGACUAAAAUUGCCCACCGCACACGAGGAAGUCAUAACGCUGGCCUACUUGGGAACCCACCUACAGAUUCUAGGUACUAUCCAAGUCAAGCCACCCAAUACAACGGUUUAGACCCCCUAAUUCGACAUGCACACUAUCUCAUCCUUUUUUAUCUCUCUCCCCCUCAACAUUACUGCUAUGGGGUCUCCAAAUGUUGAGGGCGACAAUCCCACUAUUCUGAAACCAUCUAUAUACUCCGAUUUAAUGGGGAGUAGCACAUCCUACUCAACUUCGAUAACUGUCUCCAGUCUUGAAAACUCCUUGACUGAACCCCCUGAUCAUUCCCCGGACACAUUACCUAAUCAUUCGACUCUACCUUCCACUCUUAGACAUACUUCUUUCACCAAAACCACACCCGACUACCCUUCUUGCAUUAACCCUAAUGGUAAUAAACUAAACACUCAUCAAUAUGGAGUCAACGCUCCCAAUUCUUCCUUUUCUCAGGGCAAAACAGACAAACCACUCGGUUUACAUCAUACCCUUCUACUAGACAAACAGUCACCGUACCUGACACUUAUGUUAAUCAACGCUAGAUCUGUACAAAGUAAGAUGACUUACCUACGCACCCUAUUACUUUUAAACAACCCCUCACUUGUUUUGAUAACGGAAAGUUGGCUGUCCUCCGAUACCACAGACACAUUUCUACAAAUAGACACCUAUGAGCUCUUCCGCUGUGAUCGAGUCACCAAGAAGGGUGGUGGUUGUCUCGUCUAUGUAUCAAAAAAUUUGAGAGCGGAAACCUAUAGCGACCACGUCCUCAGCAAACUUCCUGAAUCGAUAUGGCUUACUGUGCACACUCAUGAAUGUAAAAUACUAAUCGGAUGCAUAUAUCGAGCUCCUAACACUCCUAGUUCAACUGACACUAUUAUAAGUGAGUCAUUUGCUCAGGCUGCGUCGCUUGACUUCACAUACAAAAUUGUAUGUGGUGAUUUCAACCUUCCCACCAUCAACUGGAAGACACAUUCUGGCCCAUUGUGCUUUGAAAGCAUACUUAGGUCCUUAGACAUACACGGCUGGCAACAACAUGUACACCUGCCUACACGAAAUCACAACAUUCUUGACUUGAUAUUCUGUCAUAGUGUCACACCAACAUCAAUGGUGGUUAGCGAAAAGUUUCACAACAGCGAUCAUAAAAUAGUCCUCUGCACCCUUCCGAUUCUUGCCAUAUGCAACAAAUUAAAGACAUUAAAAACGCGAUUCCAAUAUAGAGACUAUGCAAACGCUGACUGGGAAAACUUUCGAUUUCUAAUAAAGCACUCUGACUGGGGCAGUUUCUUUACCAGUAAUAACCUCUUAGAAACAUUAGAAAUAUUCAAUAUCACCACCAAAUCUGCACUAGACACCACUAUACCCUCUAAAAUUGGUUUUAAAACAGUUACUCCCUAUAUAAACCAAAAGACUAGGUCUAAACUGAGAAAACUGAAAAGGAUGUACUAUAUAUCAAAAGACUUCAGUGCCCUGCACCAGAUAUACUCUGUACUUGACGGAGUACAAAGUCAACACAACAAGCAUAAACAGGUAGAGGAACGUACUGCGCUCGCUGCUGCAUCUAAAGCCCAAGCCCUAUGUCGUCUCCUCACGAAACGCAUAAGAAAGAACACAGACAACAACAUUCACUCCUUACUGCACGAUGGAGUAACGUAUAAUGACCAAACCGUCAUAUGUGAACUAUUAAGUGAAUGGUUUUCUCACAAUGGGAAUACAUCUGAUGCCCCAGAUAUCGACAUAAAGUGCACCGGCAAAAACUAUCUUAGUACCAUAAACUUCGACAUUAUGAGUAUACAUACCGCCAUUAAAACCCUUAAACCAAAUGCGAGUUCUGGUGCCGAUGACAUCCCUUCAAUCGUUUAUAAAAUGUCAGGGCCGGACAUACAGACGCUACUACUCAAAAUAUACACAUUAUCUUUAGAGACAGGUACAUAUCCGGAAACCUGGAAGGUAACGUAUGUUCUUCCCAAACACAAAUCCGGACCGAGAAACCUGGUAGAAAACUACAGACCUAUAAAUAUCACUCCAGUCAUAUCACGCAUAAUGGAAAAAGUGAUACAAAAUCAACUAUCUGAUCACCUACUCAAGGAAGAUCUAAUAGACCCGUCACAACACGGCUUCAUUAGAACAAGGUCGUGCAGUACAUGCCUGAUAGACUUCUUUAACGAGGUUACUCGUAUGCGUGACCAGAAGAAACUAGUUAUUAUACUAUACUUCGAUAUUAAGAAAGCCUUUGAUAAAGUACCUCAUAAUCUUCUAAUCAACAGACUGAAGUCAGUUGGAAUUAUAAAUCCCCUUUUGCAAUGGAUCAAGUCUUUUCUUACGAACAGAUAUCAAAUAACCAAGAUUAACUCUAAUACAUCUACACCUCGACCGAUAACCAGUGGUGUUGUGCAGGGUAGUGUCUUGGGUCCAUUGCUCUUUAUAAUCUACAUCAACAAUAUAUGCAGGUGUUUCAGCACAGGUAAGACCUACCUCUAUGCCGAUGACUUAAAAGUCUUCUAUAAAACUGACAUUUGCGAUUUACGCAGUACUAUGCAAACAAUCCAACAUGAACUCAACAUGGUAGAUGACUGGUGCAAACGCUGGAGGUUAGAGCUCAACAUAGAGAAAUGCGGCUGGUUAUGUAUAGGAGACACGUCUCUUAAAAUGAAACUAACAAUUAGCGAUCACACACUCCCCAGACUGGCAUCAGUAACUGACCUAGGGGUACAUUAUUCACACAGUCUUAAUUUCUCUGAACACAUCUCAGCCAAAGCAUCCAAAAUGCGGAAAUUGCUUGGCUUCAUUCUCCGUUAUUUCUAUCAAAAUGAAUCUAAAAUCCUUCUUUACAAAGUUUGUGUAAGACCUAUCGUUGAAUACUGCUCGUUCUUAUUUUCCAACCUACGUCUAUCUGAUAUACUAAAGGUGGAAGGAAUACAACGAGACUUCACCCGCAAAAUACUUAAGACUGGCUCGGUCAUUGACUACAGUUCUCGAUGCCAAAUCUUAGGAAUAGCACCCCUUUGGGAGAGAAGGCUUAGGUCUAAUUUGAUUCUCUACUUCAAACUACUCAAAAACCUUACUUACUCAACAUGUCAGAUAAUUCUUGCCCGAGAUUCACAUGAAUACGAACUUCGAAACAAAGUAUCUACGGUCAAAGUUGAGAAAUACAGAUCAAAAACUCGGGAAAACUUCUUCCUCACCAAGUAUGCAAUAAUAUGGAACAGUCUUCCUUCCGAGACUCGCAUGGCAGAUGAACUACAUACAUUUGUGAAACUGCUUGAUCAAGCCCUCACUCGCACUGAUCUUGCACGUACGAACACAUCUGCACCCCACUCAGACAUCAUAGGCUCUCUCCAUGUCUAGACCAAAAUGGACUUCAAGUUCAGUUUGCCUUAUUUUUCCUACUUUGCAGUUGUAUUAAUUACUUUUUCCACCCCAUUUCUUCACUUGAAGUAGACAGGUAACUCACUGGACCUAUCAUUACUGUCAAACUAAACUCGGUCGAUAAGGGACAAUCACUACCACCCUAAAAAAUCAAGAGGACCCGACAAUCGGCUGCCUACUACCAGUGGUCUUGCAUCUAUGGAACCUGUUACCAAUCAACUGGUUAAGACAACAGAAAAUAACAUCAGCACCAAGUUACUGUGAGUUCCUUCCUGUUUAUCCUAUAUUAACUUUUUACUCUUCUGUACACAAUGUUGACUAGCAAUUAAUAUUAUUUCUCUACUCGUUCCCUUAUCCACAACUCAUACUUCUAUACUUUUUCCGCCUGCUUAAAUAAACAACUAUCCUACAAUAUACCCUUCUUAACGCUUAUACUCUGUUUGGCAAACUAUACUUUAUACUAUAGUCAACAGAGGCACUGCAUCGAUGCUUUACCCACAGUCCACAGCUUGUAACUGCCUGAUAAGCUUGUAAAAUGGUACUUAUAGAAAUAGUGCUUUCCAACAAGUUGUGAAACAGAGGAUUGUGUGAGGUAUGACGUAUAUACAAAAAUAAGCUUAAAUUAGCCUAACAUCACAAAAGGAGGGAGGGUGGAGUUACUGACCAGCAAGCAUUGAUGGUGAGGGCGAUAACUUCAAUCCACCCGUGUUUGUGGGGACAGAACAUUUUGUAUGUAUCAGGCUCUUUAUAAUUGAGAAUAAGACAGUCAAUCUAAGAUAUAGAUUGUCUUCCUACGCUCACCACUCAGACUCAUGUUUCCAAUAAUAUGCUGGAUUAGCUAUUCUACUAAGACAACCUAUAACAUGCUAACUCGGACUUUUACACUAGGAUUGCGUGGCUGACAUCGGAUGGACAAAAAAAGAAAAGAAAAAAGACAAUAAAAGAUAUAGUCACUAGUAUUCUUAACACUUCACCCUCUAUAUAUACACCCUUCUAAUAAACCGCUUCCCUUGUACCAACCUUGACUUCCCUUCCUUCAUGUGAGCUUACUCCAACUUGUUAAACAUCGCUACUCGUUGUUCUUUAUUAGUACAUUCUCUAAUAUGGAGCCUCUGACUUCAUUUCACUCUAACAAGACAUAAUAU